UUGUCAAUACAAGUUUUUCCAAAACACACGGCAAUUUCUGUCUCUAAUAUUCUUUUUUUUAUUUGUACGUAAAAAAGCGCUAUUAAUUUAAAAAAUUACAAAAGUUACAAAUUGAUCGUACUUAAAGUAUGCUUAUAAAAUAUAUUAGCAAAAUAAAAAUUCAAGUGAAUUCUAUUAGUAUAAAUAUUUUAUAAACAAGAGAAAACGUGUGCAGAAAUCAGUCUUGGGUUAAAUUGAAAUAUUCAACGAUUUAACAAAAUGAUAAAUUAUAGGAAAGGUGAAAAUGUUGAAGAAGAAUUGACGAGAGAUAAUAUUCCAAUUGAGUGCCUGCCACAAAAAUUCUUAUGGAUGCAUGUUAAAGGAAGUACAAAAAUCUCUAAUGUUAUCGAAUACGCAAAAAAGGCGCUUGACAGUGGAGAGUAUCGUUCCAUAGUUUGGACAGGUUCAGGUGGUGGAAUCGGUAAAACAAUAUCUUCAGCUGAAAUAAUGAAAAGAGAUUAUGAUUUGCAUCAAGUAACUAGACUUUGUUAUCAAAAAAUCGAAGAAUACUGGGAUCCCAUUACGAAAGGAUUAGAACAAAUAGUUGCGUCACGACAGAUUCCAUGCAUUCACAUUUUGACUACACUUGACGAAAUUGAUCCUAAAGUUUUAGGUUACCAAAAAGCUAAGCAAAAGACUCAUUUUUGGAAUGAUCCAAAUCAAAAACAAAAAAAAAAUCCAAAUUAUCAUGAUCAAAUAAAGGCGAAAUAUAAUCGAAAUGGAGAAGAUAGACAAAAUCGUAAAAAAAAACAUAAGAACAAAGAUUCAAAUUCGAAACAAGGCGAGCAAAGUAAUAAAAAUAUUUCAAAUCAAAAAUCUAAAUCUGAAGGCAAAGAAAAAUUUCAUGAAGAUAAAAUCGAAUCUAAAAAACAUGAGCAAGAUUGAGUUAAUUUACCAACAUAUUGCAAUGCGAACUUGUAACAAUUGUUGUGCAUUUUCUUAUUUUAAUUAUAUGAGAAGUUUAAAUAAAAUGUGAAUUUAAUAAAA